CGCCGGGUAUAUUAGCGAGGGGUAUCGCGCUGAGACGCUACUUUGCUCCCAUCAACGGGCUGGGAUUUCGACGGACAGAACGAGGGAACCAAAAAGAAUAAUAUAGCAAGCAAAAUGGUCUCCUUCAACCUGACAGAAUCCGAGCAAGCAGCGCGGACUGCCGCACGCACCUUCGCAGCGACACACCUGAAACCCGCAAAAUCCGCAUACGAGGCCCUCUCCACGCCCGAAGCCCGCUUCCAAUCGCUACAACCGAUCUACGAAGCCGCCGUGCGCGCAGGCCUAAUCAAAGCACAGAUCCCCGCACCCGUGGGCGGAACGAGUACCAGUCUGGUCGAGGCAGCGAUCCUCGUCGAGGAAUUCUACGCCGUCGAGGCGUCGGCGAGCUUGACCAUCUUCGGGACCGGGCUGGGACUUACGCCGUUGUGUUUGGCGUUUCGACCGGAAGUGGCAGAGUUUCUGCAGCCGUUUUUGAGUGGCCAGGGAACGCCGUUGGCGAGUUUGGUUUUUAGUGAGCCGGGUGGUGUGGCCAACUGGCUCGAACCCGGUGCACCGGGACUCCAAACAACGGCCUAUCGCGAUGGAGAUGAGUGGGUGCUGACCGGGGAGAAGAUCUGGGCAACAAACUCCGCAGGCUGGGAUUUCCGCGGCGCAGAUCUCGGGUGCGUCGUCUGCCGCUGCGUCGACGAAGAUCCCGUCUCCACGGCAUCUACACCCAGUGACCUAAUUAUGAUCCUCCUGGUUACACGCGAGGAUAUCCGGCGGAAUGGCGAGGAGAGUUUUCAGGUUUUGAACCACCCUGAGACGGUCGGGCAUAAGGCUGCGUCGGGGCCGCAUCUUCGGUACAACAACCUCCGACUCCCGGCAAAGAAUCUCCUAUGCGCACCUGGCACCGGCGCUGCGAUUGUUACGCACACCUUUGAGAUCUCCGCAAUGCUCGUCGGCGCAAUGGGCAUCGGAAUCCAACGCGCAGCAUUCGACGCCGCCCUCUCCUUCUCCCGCUCAACGCGCGGGGGCACAGUCCCGAUUUCCCAGCGGCAAUCCGUCGCAGACCUACUGAUCAAUAUCAAAAUGCGCACGGAGACAUCGAGGUUCCUCACGUGGAAGGCCGCGCAUGCUUUACUCGAGGGACCUGGGGAACACGCGCAGCGCCGCGAGCAUGCGCUGCUGGCCAAGGUGCAUUGCUCCGAGGCGGCGGUGCAGUCUGUUCUGGAUGCGAUUAAUGCGGUGGGGGUCUCCGCAUACAACACCGACCUCCCCUUCUCCGAUCUCCUCUCGACGGCACUUGUCCUGCCGAUUUUCGACGGCGGCAAUGUGGGUAUGCGACGGCGGGCCCUCCAGGAGCUUAUUACGGCGGACCGGUAUCAGCCGUGGUUUUCGAGUUUCGGGGAGGAGUAAGAAGAAGAAAAGAUAGAGAGACGGAUUAUGGUAUGGUUACCAUGCUACACAUGGAGGAAAUAGUAAACUGCCGGCUACGAUGGCGGGGAGGGGGUGUAUCCACUAGCGAGGAUAUGUAGAUUGUCGCAAAAAUGCAUGAUUCCUAGAUCGCACAGGGCUAGCCUGG